UAAAUAACAUUGAUAAAAAUUUAAAAUUUUUAAAUAUAGAGAUUGAUCAUACAUUAUGUAUGAAAAAUGAUAUUGUUAGAAUUAUUAAUGUGAUAUUUAUAGUAAUAACAUGUAAUUUAAUGGAUUAUUAUGGAUUAUUAGACAAUAAUGCAAAUUUUUUAUAUGUUUUAAUGUGGAUAUUUGAUCGAAUACCUGAUUUUGUUAAUGUUAUUAUAAUAUGUACUUUUGCCAUUUUUAUGAAUAAAAUUAAAAUUAGAUUUAUACAGAUAAACACAAUGCUAAAUAUUAUUACAAAAGGAAAAACUUUCAUUUCUAUCUCCGAGACAUCUAAUAUAAAUAAUACUUCCAGAUACAACUUAUUAAAGUGUGUACAAUUCGAAUUAUGCAAAACGAUAUCACUUUUAAAUGAAUCAUAUAACUUUAGAUUUAAUGUUUUAUCAAUAAUAUAUAUUGCAUAUAUUUGUUUAGAUAUGUGUAUUAUAUAUAUACAUAUUAACAAUCGACUUUACAUGGUUGAUGUAAUACUUAGUUUUGUAUGGAGUAUCAUUAAUUUAAUUAAAAUUAUUUAUUUAAUUCAUUCAUAUCGCAAUUUAACUCUAAAGUAUAGUUAUGCAGAAUCAAAUAAGGAUAUUUUUUAAAUUUACUUAUCAAAUAUUCGAACUUAUCAUUUUAUUUAUAAAUGUAAUGAUCUUGUAAUUUUUUUAAAUAUUAUGCUUAUAUAAAUACCAACCGAUCAGCAAUAAAA